AUGGGCCCAACACUGCCCGUAUCAAAGACGCAAGUGCACGUUGUCAUCGGUUCCACUCACCGAUUUUCACACCUGGAAAAAGCGAAAGUUAUUGGAGCGCAUCUCAUUAAGCGAGGAUACCCUGUCACUAUUCUCGCAGGUCCGUCCGUUCGCGAUGAGAUUGAGUCCAUCGGUGCCUUCUUUGCGCCGAUGCAAGGCCGUGCUGGUGGGAGCUCUACCAAGCCUGAGUUCAACCAGCCUCCACCUCCAUGGGCUAAGGAGAUGGAAGUAUCAGCUCUCACGAACUUCUUCAUUGGCCCCAUUCCAGACGAAUACAAAAGCGUCCAAGAUGUGUUGAAGGCAUUGCAACAAGAAGGCCAGACGAAUGUUAUCUACAUGGAUGACAUCAUUUGCGGCGCUAUGCUGCCGGUCUACCUCGGUGCUCCCGGUGCCAUCAAGCCCAACGGAGUAAUCAAAAUUGGAACCACGCCUAUUCCACAUGAGACCGCGGAUACUGCCACGUGGACCAUGGGCAUUCCUCCCCAGUCGGCACACCCAGCCAGCGUUGGGGAAAUGUGGGAAACAAAGAAAGACAUCUACAGAUCAGAAGAAAUCCAACAGCACUUCGUGAAUGUUCUUCGUGAAAUGGGAGUACCUGCUGAUAAGCUUCGCUCAUUGCCACGCUUUAUGCAUAGCCAAGGGACUUGCUGUGAUGCCUAUCUUGCUCUGUCCAUCCCAGAGUUUGAGUACCCUCGGAGCGAUGCCCCGGAAUCGAUCCAUUUUGUUGGCGCUCUUCCUACCGUAGGAAACGUUCCUUCAUCCCUUCCUGAAUGGUGGGACGAGGUUAUCCACGCGCAAGGCAGCGACAGGAAGCCGAUUGUGGUUGUCAGUCAAGGGGCUGUCAACAACGACCCGACAGACCUGAUUCUGCCCACCAUUGAAGCUCUCAAGGAUGAGGAUGUCACCGUUAUUGCUACCUUGGUUAGGGGGCCGAAGAUAACGGCUGACCUGCCGAGCAACGUCAAGUUGGCAGAUUUCAUCCCUUUCGAUACACUGCUUCAGUACACGGAUGUUUUGGUAUCCAAUGGAGGCUACGGAACUGUUCAGAUGGCUCUUUCUCUUGCAGUGCCAAUGGUCCUUGCCGGUGUCUAUUUGGACAAGUACUAUACCAAUUCCCGGGCUGCUGCGAUGGGGGCAGCCAUUAAUCUUGGAUGUGAAAGAGUAGAGCCUGGCGUCGUCAAGAAGGCAGUUUGCUCUAUUUUGUCCGACCAGAAGAGAAAAGAGCAGUGUCUGGGAAUCAAGGGGAGAUAUGCCGAGUAUAACGCAUUAGACCAGAUCGUUGCUUUUGUUGAUGAGCUAGCUCAGAAGUAA